AUGGUAACUCCAAAUGAGACAAUCUACUCGAACUUUGAAGAUAUACCGAAUUACUACCUGAAUCCGGGUACGACAUGGAUGUUCGCGUUGAUUUUCGUGGAAUUCCUGUUAUUGGACGAAGAAAAAUACGCUCUCAACGAUACAAUCACGUCGAUAAAUUGCGGAAUGCUGCACCUUCUCCCUAAGUGGGCUUAUUCUAAUUGGGUGGCACCUGAUAUCUCAGUUUUCGUCUAUCCGUUGAUAUACGAGCGUCUGCAUAUCGUGAAUUUGCCAAAAGACUCGGCUCUCACAUGGAUAUUGUGUUUUUUCACUCAAGAUCUCAUCUACUACCUCCUUCAUCGAGCUGUACAUGGUAAGCAUGAUCUGUACCAGAUAAAGAAAAUUGAAAUUCGAUAG